ACGGUUUGGAUUCAUAGGUCGCAGCCAUGACGUAGAAGAAGAAGAAGAGGACAAAGAACGCACCGCCAUGUUUCUCGUUGAUCCCUCCUCAGUCGCCUUCCGGUUCCUUUCAAGUUCGUGAUCAGGAUGGCGGACACAGCUAAGAAAACCAAGGCCCCUCAGGUCAAGGGCCUGCCCGCAGUCCCCGAGACCGUCUUGAAGCGCAGGAAGCGCCGCGAUGAGGCCGUCCUCGCCCGCGCCAAGACCGCUUUGGCCAACCGUGCCAACCGCAUUGCUACCAGGAGGGUGAUCUUCAAGCGCGCUGAGCUUUACCAGAGGGAGUACAUUCGCAUGGAACGUGACGAGAUCCGUUGCCACCGACGGGCCGUCAAGAAGGGGAACUACUAUGUGCCCUCUGAAGCGAAGAUGGCAUUUGUUAUUAGGAUCCGUGGUAUCAACAAAGUUGCCCCCAAGGUCAGGAAGGUUCUUCAGCUCUUCCGCUUGAGGCAGAUCAACAACGGAGUCUUCAUCAAGCUUAACAAGGCUACCGUGAAUAUGUUGAGAAUCUGUGAACCCUACGUCACCUGGGGCUACCCUAACUUGAAGAGUGUGAGGGAGCUUGUCUACAAGCGUGGUUUCGGCAAGGUUAAUGGACAGCGUAUCCCCAUUACCUCCAACGAGAUUAUUGAGGGAACCCUGAAAUCCAAGGAUAUCCUCUGCACAGAAGAUGUUAUCCAUGAAAUUUUCACUGUUGGCAAGAACUUCAAGUAUGCCUCUAACUUCCUGUGGCCAUUCAAGUUGAACACUCCCACUGGCGGCUGGAGAAGGAAGAACAACCAUUACGUUGAGGGUGGUGACUUCGGCAACAGGGAAGACAAGAUCAAUGAACUGCUGAGGCGAAUGGUGUAAACAUUAUCAAAUAAAAUUUGCUCUAAAAGUCA